AUGGCCAGAUUUGCAGCGCAAGGCGAUGCGCAGAUAGUUCAGCGCACUAAGAAAUUUAUCAAAAAACAUCGGAAAUUUACCUUUGUCUGCUGCUGGCCCAUAAUGUUCCAGGGUGGGGUCUUGCGAGCGGACUUGAGAUUUCAGCAUAACCGGCGUUGCGGAACAGGUCGGAAUGGAUUGAUGUCAUUCGGCACGCACACAGCGCAAUGGUUCUUUCGGGGCGGAAUGAUGCAUUUUCGUCGAGCGGUAGAAGGGUCCUGGGGUCCAUGUUCGAUUAAUGAUUCUAUAGAAGAAGAUGCAAAGGAGGGGGACGACAUCGUUCUUGCUCUGUCCAUGGCAAAUUCAACGAGCUGCGGGCGAUUGUAUCAAAACACUAAUUCGAACUUCACAAUGGCACAACCACUCACACUCGCGGCCAUCCUCUCUGCUGCUCGAGACAACACACUCCAAGAACUGUUCGCACCGCCGCCGCCACAGUCACAACCACAACCGCCACCACCACUACAACAACCAGAGCGCGAGCUCCAAAUCUUCUCGGACGGAUCGGUGAGACCUUGGGGUCCUUACGCCGGAUGCGCCAUCGCUCUCUUCUCCCGCGAUGAAGGCAAAUGGCACUGCUGGGCUUUUGCUCUGGGGAGCAUACAAAACCCCAACACCACCGAGCUGCACGGCAUCAACGCAGCACUGGUCGCCUGCCUCGCCCGUGAGAGCGACUUCGACCACUUCACCAUCAGGUCAGACUGCCUGAACGCGCUGGCUGCCGUCCGCUCUCUGCGCCAGAGCGCGACACCAAGCAGCGACCCUCUCAAGCGCACGAUUUUGGAGAGAAUUCGGGGGCUGGAGGAGAUGGGCAAGCAAGUGAGCUUGACCUACGUUCAGGGUCAUAGUGACCAUUACACAUCUGCGGGAAACGGCAUGGCAGAUCACUGGGCCGGUGUGGCCUCUCAAGCGUGCGAGCAGUUCGGUGCGUCCUGGUCGGACUCCUUCUUUGUUUGGGAGGAGCAUUACAAGGAGCACGCUGAUAAUGAUACUUCUCUUGGCUGGCCACACCUGUCUCUCUGUUCUUCAGCUCUCACUCGGUUGGAUAUGUCCAGUACCAUCAGCGGGCUGUGGUCCCUCUCUUGGCUGGAUUCUUUGCCGCCGCCGACUCCUAUCAAGACCUAUGAACAUGUCCAAUACCAUCAGCAGAGUGACAAGAAGUGGCAAAGCACACCAAUUGUGGCCCUUCUCUUUGACCGAGGUCGUUCCCGUCUCCGGCUUCCGUGGAGUAUGCUCCCUCGCUACUUCCCAACUCCAUUUGAGGUCAAUGUGCCCAACCUCGAUCAGCAGAGGCAAUAUCUCUUCGUUGACUUGAAUAACGCUGCUGUUCCCGGCAGACUCCACUUCUGGUGUUUAGUUGUUCCUCAGCCCGAUACGGCCAAGCUCGAUUACCAGAGACUGAAUAGGAACACUCUUGACUCCUCUGAACUGCUCUCUCUCUCUGCGCGCUAUGGAGCUUUUCCAACUACAUAUCAUGAUAGAGUGUCCCUGCGACCCAGCUCUACAUCGUCUCAAUGUCCCUCAGCUUCUCCAGCGAAGCAUCUCGACACACAAGAGGAUGAAUCUAUAGGAAGCCCCUUCGUUCCGCGCUUCUGCGGCUUUGCUCUCGCUCGGCUGCGUAGCUCUCUCUCCUUUCAAGGCGUCGUAGGACACCAAGCAGAGCUUUCCGACAGCACGAGAAAACAUGAAAGAUUCCGAAUGAACGACAUAAAUUCUGUCUGCUACUCAAGUCUCUUCGCUAGUCACAUGUCCAAAACCAUUCAACAGAGCACCCCAACAGUUGAAAGGGCGGGGGAGAAGAUGCAUCAAGGUGGUAUUUCUCCUGACUGGCUUCUCUGCUAA